UUCCGUAUUCGUUUGAUUACGCAAUCUGUCUGAAUUUGUGCUGCAGCUAGUAAAGUUCUUGCAUCAGCCCAUUUCACCUCCUACUAGAGACCGAGUUAUUUUCAAAGGAUAUUGUGAUGUGGAAGGUACAUUUGCGGCCUAACGUCUCAAGAGAUAAGACGCGGAAGUGUAAAAACUUGAACUAAGAGAUACUCGUUUGUUUUUUUUAUCGUUGGAAUCAUCAAUGGCUGAAUAUGAGCGCAUUGGAACGCAUUUUCAUAACCGUGCCUAAGAGUUUUUCUAAAACUCACAGUUUUCCAACUCAAAGAGUAAGAUUUGCGACAUCGUUAAUCUCCGAAAAUAUUAAUAAAAACAGGAGAAUGUCCUCGACCACCGAAGAUGACGCAACGCUGGACGCUUCUUCCCUUAUUGACCAAAACGUAUGCUUUCGAGGGAAGAAACGGCGCCUCGAUCAUCUUACGUGGGAAGAGAAAAUCCAGAGAAAGAAGUUGAAAAAUAGAGUAGCUGCGCAGACAUCUCGUGACCGUAAGAGAGCAAAAUUAGAUGAACUUGAGGAAACAGUCAGAUUACUUCGUGAAAAAAAUGAUGCACUCAUUCAAGAGUGUUCGGUGCUAAAGUCUCAAAAUGAGACCCUGACAGUUCAAAACACAUUACUGAGGAAAGACCUUGAGUCGAGAACGACAGAAAUUCCGGUUUGCUCAGAGUGUCAGAGCCGUGUCGGUUCCGUUGCCCCCAUGCCAGGAUCUACAGUAUCCUCCAUACCCUCUGCCGCAGGGUGGGUCAACCAAACCGGCACCAGUUCUGACCCUGAGCCAACCAGCCGCAACACUGUGGAAGAUCUUGACCCUCUACCUCCUCUCGAAGAACUGUUUGCAGACCUCCAAGGAGACGAUUACAUCGAAAGACUUGAAGAACUGGCCGAAAGUCUUCUGCGAGAAGUUACCGCUGAAGUGGAAGCAAAUGCUCAUCAAUCAAGUGAACAAAUCAACAUUCCAAGAGAAGCCACCAAAGAAUCUAGCGAUACAACAAGAAUGGUGGGGCAGACAUCAGAAAAUGUGGAAACCGAUAGAACUAAUCGAAGCUUAAAUACCCGCUCUCUACCUGACCAAUCUUCUGGCUCGAGCACAACACCUAUAUUUUGUACUCCGACCAAUGCAGAUGUAUUACCUACUCACGAAAAUGUUGUUGAAGUUAAGGAAGAGCCAAAUUUAAAUGACAUGGAUACAGUCUACGGUACCUAUGAUGAAUCGACUAAUUGUAUAACCAUAAUAUACCCCGGAAAUGGGGAGGAUAUCAAAAUUGAAGAAAGCGUUCAAGAAAUAAGCUCUGACAGUAUCUACAAUGAAGAAGAUUCGACGUAUUUAACGCCUGGUCACGCUUUUGCCGAUCAUUUAUCCCCGGCUCAUACAUUCACAGACUCUUUAUCCCCAGCUAGCAAUCAUUCGGAAGAUAUUGAAAUGGUCGAUCCUCCAAGUAAAAUUGAUUCACAUUUAUCAGACGGAGGAUACGAGUCUCACGGUUCUCCGAAUACAGAAAUUAUCAACACUAACGCUGCAGCAGCAACCCUCACAGAUUUGUGGCACGAAAGUUUUUCUGAAUUAUUUCCAAGUUUGGCGUAAAGGUGCACCACCCCAUUAUUAUCUUUCCAUGAAAUCAUGUUCUGACAUAACUAGACUCUGAGACUAUAUCUGUGAUACACAUGUCUAAUCAAUAGGGCGUUUCUUGCUAGGGUAGCAUAUGUUCUGUGGGCGCUGUAAAUAUGAUUAUUUAUAUGAUUUUCGUACGAUAUCAAUAGUUGAAUAACAAUUAUACUAGAAAGCUAGUACUAUGAAACCCUUAUUCUUGUACAUAUAGUGGACUGUUAUGUUCGUCGAAUUUUUUAUACAAUUAGAAUAAGUACGUAGAUAUCUUAACCAUGUCAUUUUUAUUAACAGCACUUUCUGAUGUCUUAUUAUUAUACAAAUUAAAUAUUUAAUAUAUUAAGAAUGUGUCUUGGAAUACAUCAAUACUUGCUAAGUGCGAUUGGUUGAGCAAUGUGCACAAUAAAUGCUGAUUACAAUCA